AAAGUCUUUGAGGACAAGUCGUCCAUCAUGGACCACAUCCUGACCUACCUCGACAACGAACCCCCCAUAAAGCGGCUCGCCAUCGGCACGUCCACGCAGGUGCCCCCGACCACCCAGACCUUCACCGAGAACCCGGAUUUCGUCCGCAUACUGAACCAGGUGGUGGAGGAUCACGGUCACGAGGACGAGGACGUGACCAACCAGGCCCGCGCCCUCGCCGGCAUGGGCAGCCACAACCUCGGCUCGGGAGCAGGCUUUCUCUCCGGCGGCCAGUCCCAGCGGAAGCGGAGGGGUUCGUCUGCCAGGCAGGGCGGCGCGGGCGGUGCCGGUGGCCAGGGCGGGGCCGGAGGAGGCGGCAUCGGAGGGUGGGUUCACCUGAGCGACCGCCGGAACCCGCCUGACUUUGGGAGGAUAGCCUUCCCGGAGGAUAUCCUCGCCAGCGUCCAGGUUGAUGGGUCUGGCCGGGUGGUCGGGAAGGCACAGCCGAGCGGGACUUACAGGAUUCUCACGAACCAGGGAAUACUUGGACUCAGUCCGUUUCUUCGGAAGAAGCUGGUUGAGAGGCUACAGCAGGAAGCGGCCAAGGAGUGA